CUCUGGCUCAAAAGAGCCAGUCUGAAUCCUGGUGUGAUGAAUGGGUUUGGUGCUUGUCACAGGUAAGAACAUUCAGCAUCAGCAAGACAGGCUGUAGGUGUUUUGCUGAAUGUAAUGUUUUGUUGUUGGUGUGCUGCUGUUUUUUGCUUUUCUCUUCCUGGACGUGUAGUAACAGUUGCAAAUGCAGGUGCAGAUUGCCUCAUUUGUACAUUAUCAACGUGCAUCAUCUGGGUGAGCCGAGCAGGGACCAGCCCUUCUGUGGCAGAGGGAGGUGGGACGGAGAGAGGCUAACGCUUUUGUAUGAUUCGAGGCGGCUGCCAGAAGAGGCAAAGUCUUUGCCGAACGGCCUGUCUAUGAACAGCUUGUCUGUUCUCUUCUAAGAUAUUAGAGAGACACUAUGACUAAUAGGUAAGUUGGGAAAGGCUUGUUCCUAUACAUUUUUUCAGUCUUAUUUUUUAACCUCUUGUUGAAAUGGGCAGAGUUGAAAGAUCCUUUGACCUUUUAUUCUGAAACUUAAUGGAGUAGCUAAGGCAUUGAUCUUGAUUCCAAACCAAUUUUAGUGUGGACAACAGGAAGGUCCUCGGAGCUGCACAAUGAGGGUCAUGAGCCCCUUGGUCUUCACGUCUUUGGUGUGUGCACUCUUGAACAUGUGCCAGGCACACAGGGUGCAUGACGACAAGCCUAAUAUUGUCUUGAUUAUGGCCGAUGACCUGGGUAUUGGAGAUCUGGGCUGCUACGGCAAUAACACCAUCAGGACACCUCACAUCGACCGCCUUGCCAGGGAAGGAGCACAGCUAACUCAGCACCUUUCGGCUGCCUCCCUCUGCAGCCCAAGCCGGUCCGCGUUUCUGACGGGAAGGUACCCCAUCCGAUCAGGUAUGGUUUCUAGUGGUAAUAAUACACGUGUCGUCAAAAAUCUUGCAGUCCCUGCAGGCCUCCCUCUAAAUGAGACAACAUUUGCAGCCUUGCUAAAGAAGCAAGGAUACAGCACGGGGCUUAUAGGCAAAUGGCACCAAGGCCUGAACUGUGACUCCCGAAGUGACCACUGCCACCAUCCAUAUAAUUAUGGGUUUGACUACUACUAUGGCAUGCCAUACACUCUCAUUGACAGCUGCUGGCCGGCCCCCUCUCGUAGCAUGGAAAUAGCCUUUGAGAGUCGGCUCUGGCUCUGCAUACAGCUGGUUGCCAUUGCUGUACUCACACUAACCUUUGGGAAACUGAGCGGCUGGGUCUCCGUUCCCUGGCUCCUGAUCUUCUCCAUGAUUCUAUUUAUUUUCCUCUUGGGCUAUGCUUGGCUCUCUAGCUACACGUCCCGUUUAUACUGGGACUGCCUCCUCAUGCGGGAGCACGAGAUCACAGAGCAGCCCAUGAAGGCCGAACGAGCUGGAUCCAUUAUGGUGAAGGAGGCGAUUUCCUUUUUAGAAAGGUACCGUAAGGGACCUUUCCUCCUCUUCUUCUCCUUUCUUCACGUACACGUACCUCUCCCCACCACGGACGAUUUCAUUGGCACCAGCAAGCAUGGCUUAUAUGGGGACAAUGUGGAAGAGAUGGACUUCAUGGUGGGCAAGAUUCUUGAUGCUAUAGAUGAGUUUGGCCUAAGGAACGACACCCUCGUCUACUUUACAUCAGACCACGGAGGGCAUUUGGAGGCUAGGCGAGGGCAUGCCCAACUUGGUGGAUGGAACGGAAUAUACAAAGGUGGAAAAGGCAUGGGGGGCUGGGAAGGUGGAAUCCGCGUCCCAGGAAUUGUUCGAUGGCCUGGAAAGAUACCAGCUGGACAGUUAAUUAAGGAAGCUACAAGUUUGAUGGAUAUUUUACCAACUCUCGCAUCAGUGUCAGGAGGAAGUCCCCCUCAGGACAGGGUCAUUGACGGCAGAGACCUCAUGCCCUUGCUGCAGGGCAACAUCAGGCACUCGGAACAUGAGUUUCUGUUCCACUACUGCAGCUCCUACCUGCAUGCCGUGCGGUGGAUCCCCAAGGACGACAGUGGCGCAGUUUGGAAGGCUCACUACGUGACCCCGAUAUUCCAACCACCAUCUUCUGGUGGCUGCUAUGUCACCUCAUUAUGCCAAUGUUUCGGAGAACAGGUUACCUAUCACAACCCCCCUCUGCUCUUCGAUCUCUCCAGGGACCCCUCGGAGUCCACACCCCUGACACCUGACACAGAGCCCCUCUACGAUGUUGUGAUUAAAAAGGUGGCCACCGCCCUGAAGGAACACCAGGAAACCAUCGUGCCCGUGACCUACCAACUCGCAAAACUGAAUCAGGCCAGGAAGUGGCUGACUCCUUGCUGUGGGGUGUUCCCAUUUUGUCUGUGUGACAAGGAAGGGGAACUCUCUUAGCUCCAAUGCUAAGGAGAAGACAUAAUUACAAUCAGGUUACCAAAGGUCAGUAACUUUGGUGCCUUCAAGUUUGCAGGGAGUGCAUUUAAGAGCCAAUAAAUUCAUCUACCACUCCAGAUUAU